AGGGUUUUACGUUCAAAGAAAUGAGAAAGCUUAARUAAGAGUUUCAAUUGAUUUCAGUAACUUCUUAUUCUUACAGAGCAUGCAAUUUAAUGUGUCAAAGUAAUUAACUUAAAAAAAUAUUUAAUACCAUGUUUUUUUCCUUAGAAAUUUCAUUUUAUGGAUGUGAUAUUUAGCAAGAAUUAUAAUCAAGUGUAUCACAUACUUUUCGUUAGUGGAGAAUCUUGGACUAUCAAAAACAAAAAGAAAAGCCAUUUGUUAGUUUCUCUCGCCCUUGAAGUAUGGCCUUGAUAGAAAGGAACCAAUCCAAAACUGAACAAAAUGAAGGUAUUUUAAAGUUGAAGAGAUAUUUGAUCAGUAUACACUUUGAAAAUAGCAUCUUGAUUUCUGUACUUUCAWAUUGGAAUUGCUAUCAGCUGUACAUCUAUUGAAGUCUAUUUCCCCCAGAGAAUCGACAACAGUGGCGCGCUGCGGUAAAGCCUAUUUGUAGUCUUUUUGAAACCAAGCAUAGUGGUCCUUUAUGGCGAACGGAUUUUUUUUUUACUACAUAUUCCGGUAAAUUCUUAAUCGUUUUUUCUGUUGUACUGACUGACAAGACAGUUGUGCGCUGGGAACCAGGCUAGCGAAUUUUGUGCAUUAUCGUAUAUUCUUCGCAGAAUGGGAAUAUCAGAUGUAACAUUUGACACAACUGGUCCUGUGGUGGACUUGUCAGCCCAGYGUCUGCAGAAGCUGGAGCCCAGUUUCACCUGCUCUGAUGAAACACACACGCUCAUUCUGGACCGGAACCACAUCAUGAAACUAGACCAUUUGGAGAGGAGCCAAGGCCUCCAACAGUUYUCUGUUGUUGGAAACCGCCUGGUGCGAAUGAUGGGUGUGUGUCGUCUGACCGAGCUGAGAGUUCUGAACCUGCCCAAUAACAGUAUUGGCUAUAUUGAAGGGCUGAGAGACCUGCCACACCUGGAGUGGCUCAACUUGGCAGGCAACAACAUCAAGGUCAUUGAGCAGCUCAACAAUUGUGUGGCUCUCCAACACUUGGACCUGUCUGAUAACAACAUCUCCAACAUUGGUGAUGUUACCAAGCUGUUAGCCUUAAAGACCCUUCUCCUCCAUGGAAAUAGCAUUACGACGCUGCAGACCGUUCCCGCUCAUUUGCCCAUCCAUCUGUCCAUCCUCUCCCUGGCAGAGAAUGAAAUUAGAGACCUCAAUGAGAUCUCCUACCUGGCACCCCUCCAUGACCUGGAACAGCUCUCCAUUAUGACUAACCCCUGCGUCAUGGUAACCCCCUCGUUGCCUCGAUACGACUACCGGCCGUACAUCAUGAGCUGGUGUCUGAAUCUCAAGAUCCUAGAUGGAUAUGUGGUGUCUCAGAAAGAAGGGUUGAAGGCAGAGUGGCUGUACAGCCAGGGCAAAGGUCGAUCAUACCGGCCAGGUCAGCAUGUGCAGCUGGUCCAGUACUUGGCCACAGUGUGCCCUUUGACCUCCACGCCAGCCCUGGAGACCGCGGAGGAUGCCAAGCUGGAGAAGAUCCUCAGCAAGCAGAGGUUCCACCAGAGGCAGCUCCUGCAGCAGACCCAGGGGGGCUUCCCCAGCCCUCCCCGCCCCACCCAGCUGGAUGUGGAGACUCAAAGCCCCCGCCAUGUGCCUCUAAUAGAGGAAGACAGAGCCACGACGCCUGUGACUGCUCCAUCAACCAGACCGACAGAGCUGGCGACGGUGCAGGUMAACAUGUGGCUAAGCUGCGACCCCUCCCAGGCCGCACCUCCUCUCCUUGGCCUCAGGGGUGUGGAGGAGCGCCUCUACCCGGAGGACYUCCAGAGCCAGACAGAUGAGUACAAACUCAACGGCAGCCUGCUCUCCUCAGAGUCCACCUUCCUCCUAGUCACCUCUGAAUCCCCCCGCUCUGACAGUGAGGAUGAGACGGAGACGUUUGAUCACGACUCGCUGGUGCCCGAACACCCCAUUCAUCCCGAAAAGACCCAACAGGCACCCUUGGGGAGAGGGAGUGAGAGCCAGAAGGAGAAGGAGAGAAAGAUGGAGAGAGAAAGGGUGUCAGGUGACAGCCACCUCACCUGUACCUUAACCUCAACUGCCGGUCUACCUAUGAUGGGAGAUGACCAAUCACAGACCAAUGACAGCGCUCUGUUCCAGGGAGCAUACUCAAACUGCAAUGCUGUAGAGGUGAGGGCGGGGUCUAAGCAGGAAGAUAAAGCAGUGGUGAGAUGUGAUAGGCUGGGCCGCUGUGAGGCGGACAGGGCAGCCGUCAGGAUCCAGGCAUGGUGGAGGGGAAUGUGGACUCGGCGCUGCCACCCGCUGGCCAAAGAGGUGCGGUGUGAGAUCCGCCUGCGCAGGAUGCAGGAUCACAUAGUCUUCCUUUCUGGAGAGUUUGAGAGAGUGAGGCAGCAGCAUGAAGAGGAGAGGUUGCAGAGACUGGUACAGGAGGAGGCUGUGAGGUUUCUAUGGAGGCAGCUUCAGUCCAUGCAGCAGUGGCAGCGUUCUGUAGAGGGGCAGCUGGCCAGCGUGACUCAGGCCGGGUCAUCUCUUGCUCCAGCCCUGACCUCCGGGCUUUGUCCCCCAGCUCUUCCACUCCCCCUACCUCUGGCCUCCAGCACUGCAAACUCYGCCUGUACAGUCCUCUCCUUCCCAGACUCGGGGUUCCAGUCAACAGAUGAACUGCAGGUGGGGCAGGAAGACACUUUCCUGAGCUGUGGGACGGGCGACUCUCUGGAGACUGUGCGGCCGCUGGUCGUGGGGGGGGUCCCCGGCUCCUUGUGGUGGGGGGAACAGUCAGGACUACAGUCUGCUGGAGCAGUACCUGUCCUCCGUGCAACAGUGAGAGGAGGAGGAGGCAGAGGAGGGGGGUGCCAGCAACAGAACAGGCACACCACAGCCGCCCUCAUCUGCCGAAACAGCACAGCCUGACUCCCCCGCUCAGAACACAGGAGACAGACACAGAGCAGCAACACACACACUGGAAAGUCCAAUCUGAAGUGCCUGUCCCACUCCUAGUCUUCUGGGAUUGGCUAAGACACUGCCCAUAAACUCAGUCCAUCUGUGCUGAUGAAUGUUAUUGAUGGCUCUAACAGCGCCUCAUAGAACUUACUGACUAACAUCCAUAUAGUGAGUGGCAUAUGGACUCACGAAUGUGUAUACAUUCAUCUAGCCUGGAUGACUUUUCUCAUUUUGACUUUAAAUCUCUUGGACUGCUGCUAGCCUGGAGACCUGACUGUUCCUGCAUUCAAUAAUGCUUUGUUGGUUGCCAUGAUUUGUCAGUCCAAGGACAAUUAGGCUAAUGCUUGAUUUACAUUCGGGAGACGUGGGAACGACAGUCCCAGCUUCCGACACCUUAGUUUUUACGUACACGGCAGACAUGCAAUUUAGACCGGUGCUAAAAAUGUUAAUCCAUGACAUGCCCCAACAUUAAGUUUACGCAUUAAGUCCAUCUACCCUCCAACUUUGGUCAUCUGCAACUUCCCUAUCUGUCAUGCUCAGGCAGUGGUGGAAAAAGUACCCAGUUGUCAUACUUGAGUAAAAGUAAAGAUACUAUAGAAAAUGACUGAAGUGAA